AUGAAAAAAGAUACAUAUUAUGAAGUUCUGGGGAUCGAUAUCAGUGCAACGGAGGAUGAAGUUCGUAAGGCAUAUCGACGUCAAGCUUUAUUAUGGCAUCCUGAUAAAAACGUUGACAGACGUGAAGAAGCCGAAGAAAAAUUCAAAUUGAUUUCAGAAGCUUAUGAAGUUUUAAGUGAUGUUGACAAAAGAAAAACGUACGAUAGGUAUGGCGAAGAUGGACUCAAGAAUGGAGGUGCAUCAAACGAUCAUGAAUUUGAAUCAUUCCGGUUUCAUGACCCUGAAGAAAUUUUCAGUAAAUUCUUUGGUACCGGUAAUAUCUUUAGUUUUGUCGAUGAUCCAUUUUUCAAUUCUCAUCCACCAUUUAUGAGAACAUCAACACAUAGACAUGUUGAUCCAUUUGGAUUUAGAUCACCAUUUGGAGGUGGAGGAUAUAAAAAAAUGACGACAUCACAAACAGUUAAUGGAGUAAGAACGACGGUGACUAGAACGGAAGAUCCAGAGGGAAAUGUUACCAUAGAAACUAUAUUGCCAGACGGUACAAAACAAGUAAUAGUAGAGAAUUCGUCACAAAAUUUACUUCAAAAUGGAUAUAACGUUAUGCAUCAGAGAUCGUAUGCAGAUACACAACAGGAUCCUAAUAUGAAUCAAUAUCAAUAUCAGGAAUCUCAACGCCAACGCCAAAAGCAAAGAUCAUCACGCCACGAAAAUGAACCGCAUGAUGGUUACCAACAAGGUCAUUAUCAAUGGAAAAAAAAGUAA